GAAAUCCAAACAUUUCAGUAAAAUUCAUCUAAAAUUUCUUCCAAACACAUCACUCCGGCGCCCCCUGAUUUCUCCGUUCGCUCGCGCCGCCUUCCGCCGGAGUAAGCUCUCCGCCGCCGUGAACUCGCCGUUCUUCCCGCCGCCGUCCUCCUCCGCUUCCUCCUCCCCUACAGUGGACUGGCGUGGGGUGGAGAUCCCCCCUAUCCAUCCCGACCGACUCCUUUCCCCCGGAAUCCGGCGCCCUCGCUGGCGGCGGCGGCGGCGGAGUUGGAGGCGAUGGACAUCUACAAUGUCGAGGCCGCCGAGAUCCUCGCCAACGAGGCCCAGCUGCUCCCAAUCGGCGAGGCCGCUCCCAUCUACGAGAAGCUGCUGUCAACUUUCCCCACUGCCGCGAAGUACUGGAAGCAGUAUGUCGAAGCUUACAUGUCCGCGAAGGAUGAUGAGGCCACCAAGCAGAUAUUCAGCAGAUGCUUGCUCAGUUGCCUUCAGAUUAAUCUCUGGCGUUGUUACAUCAACUUUAUCAGGAGAGUGAACGAUAAAAGGGGUUCUGAUGGUUUGGAAGAGACCAAAAAGGCUUUUGAUUUCAUGCUGAACUAUGUUGGCAAUGAUGUUGCUUCUGGCCCUGUUUGGAUGGAUUAUAUUGCUUUCUUGAAGUCAAUGCCGGUUGUGACACCGCAGGAAGAAUCACAUCGUAUGACUACUGUACGGAAAGUAUAUCAGAAGGCAAUUUUAGUUCCAACUAAUCAUGUGGAGCAGCUAUGGAAGGAUUAUGAGAAUUUUGAGAAUUCUGUUAGCCGCACCUUGGCAAAAGGUUUGUUAUCGGAGUAUCAGCCAAAGUUUAACAGUGCCAAAGCAGUAUAUAGAGAGCGUAAGAAAUACAUUGAUGAUAUUGAUUGGAACAUGCUGGCAGUUCCCCCCACAGGCUCCUACAAGGAAGAGCAACAGUGUAUGGCAUGGAAAAGACUUUUGGCAUUUGAAAAGGGGAACCCUCAGAGGAUUGAUGCUACAACUGCUAAUAGGCGUGUUACCUUUACAUUUGAACAAUGUUUGAUGUAUCUAUACCAUCAUCCUGAUAUAUGGUAUGAUUAUGCCAUGUGGCAUGCCAAGAAUGGUUCUGUGGAUUCUGCAAUUAAAAUAUUUCAACGUGCUGUAAAGGCACUCCCUGAUUCAGGAGUACUAAAGUAUGCCUUUGCUGAACUGGAAGAGUCUAGAGGAGCAAUUCAGCCUGCUAAAGCAAUAUAUGAGUCUCUUAUAGCUGAGAAUGCGGGAAUGACUUCACUUGCACAUAUUCAGUUUAUUCGAUUUCUAAGGAGAACUGAAGGCAUUGAAGCAGCUCGUAAGUACUUUCUGGAUGCUCGGAAAUUGCCAGGCUGCACUUAUCAUGUCUAUGUUGCUUACGCUACAAUGGCAUUUUGCCUUGACAAGGAUGCAAAGGUAGCCCAAAGUGUUUUUGAAGCUGGUUUAAAGCGAUUUAUGCAUGAGCCAGGAUAUAUCCUUGAAUAUGCAGACUUCCUGUGUCGCUUAAAUGACGACAGAAAUGUGCGUGCUUUGUUUGAGCGAGCUCUGAGCUUACUUCCUCCUGAAGAAUCUAUAGAGGUGUGGAAACGAUUUGCUCAAUUUGAGCAAACAUACGGGGAUUUGUCAAGCAUGUUAAAGGUGGAACAAAGAAGGAAGGAGGCUUUAUCUAGGACAUCCGAAGACGCCUUAUCUGCCUUGGAAAACACACUUUAUGACGUUGUUUCUCGAUACAGCUAUAUGGAUCUUUGGCCAUGCUCAACCAAAGAAUUGGAUUAUCUAUCAAGACAUGAGUGGCUUGCAAAAAACAUUGCUAAUAGGGGUGACAAAUCAGUUGUGCUAACUGGCGGUGCUACUUUAGAUAAAGGUGAUAUCCGAGUUGGUUCCAAUAAAAAGUCGUUCCCACAAUCUUCAAAGGUUGUUCGUCCUGAGAUUUCUCGAAUGGUUAUCUAUGAUCCUAGACAGAUGAAAGGCCCAGACUUCUCAACCACAGCCAGUGGGUAUACAAAGGAGAUUGAUGAAAUAUUGAAAAGACUUUCUCCACAGAUGAUGUCUUUCAUCACAAAUUUGCCUGCUAUUGAAGGGCCAUCACCAGAUAUGGAUAUUGUGCUAAGCGUGCUGAUGCAGAGUACAUUGCCAGUGGGAGACAAACCAGGUUCGCAAGUUCCUGGUCCUGCCACGAGUGACCUCUCAGGUCCUGGCAAAUCAGGAUUGAACCAGAAUGGAUCCAUCCAUAGACCUCCAAGAGACGGGCAACCCACGAAGCGGAAGAACUCUGAAAGGGGGCGAGCACAAGAGGAGGAUGAUACGUCGACAACAGUGCAGAGCCGAGCAAUGCCGCGGGACAUAUUCAGGCUUAGGCAGAUCCAGAGGAACCGCGGGUUGGGCCCUUCCCAGUCAGGAUCAGCGGCACUGUCCAGUGGAAGUGUGUUCUCUGGAGAUCAGUCAGCCAGCUCAGGCUAGUUCAAAUUUACAAUUCUAUGUAGCGUCAUAUAUCCUGAUAGGGUUCUACUACAAUUCUAUUAUAGAGUAUAAUUCAUAUCUAGGUAGGGUCUAGUUUAGUUAGGUCCCCCCCUGAUGAAAGAUGUAUGCAUAAUUGCAUGAGUGAUGUUGGCGCGUAAAUGUGUUUGUUUGACUGAAAAGGAAACGGUUUGCGAUGACCACACGCAAGUUGGGAAUGAGCAGUCGAUAUCAUUUAACAUCGUACCAUUUGUGAUGAUGGGUACCACCUUACCAUGUUCAAGUUGUUCUA